AUGAAAACAUUAAUCUUUUCACAAAAAUCUUUAUUGUGGUUGGUUUUCCAACUACAAUCAUACAUUACACUUACAGGCGCAUACGAUAUUUCAGAUGAACAAUAUCUCGCAGGGUUAUCUACAGUUUCUGAAGAUAUUAAUGUGAGUAAUACAGGUACAUUUGUAGUAUCGCAUAGUCCAUCUGUUACCAUUGAUAGUGACACCAUUACAAACGAUGGUAAUCUUUGUAUUGGUACCACGAGUUCUUCAAGUGAUAUGUCUAUCUCUCUUGAUGCUGGUACGUUGAACAAUAAGGCCGAUGGGCGUUUAGUUAUAAGUAAUGGUAUUAACAGUGGUCAAACUUCUUCAGUUAAUCUAAACACGUUAAACAAUGAAGGUUAUUUGAGGAUGGAAUUAAAGGAUGAUGGUGAAACAUUCGCUGUCUCAGAUUCAUUUGUUAACUCCGGGUUUAUUGCCUUGAAACCGGUUAACCCCACGGACUGGGUGGUAUUAGGACUUACAACUCCUUCAACAGGGAUUGUAAAUUCAGGAACUAUUGAUGUUUCUGGUACAGAUGUCAUUUUUGAUCAUCCUAUAACUGGUGGCGGUUGUGUCAUGGCAAGUGGACAUUCACAAAUGGUUAUAAAUACUGACUAUGAAAACGACCAAACUUUUUGGUUAGGUGAUUCUGAUGAUCAUUAUACUGCAAUUUUUCUAACAGGAACUACUAAAUAUAUUCCGAAAAUUAGAGGGUAUGGUGGGUAUCAUUAUAUUGGGCUUGGUGAGCCAUUAGUGGAAAAUACUGGUCCAGCCACAGUAUUAUAUAAUACAACUACGGGGAUAGUUCAAGUCACCACUGCUGGGCAAACCUAUACUAUUGAUAUUGGUACAGGAUAUAACGCCACAAAGGUUACAACUGUGACUUUGGUUCAUUCAGGUGGUAACCCACCAAAUAAAGUUUUGGUUUAUUAUGACGAUAGUGUUACAUUCCCGAGACCAUCUAUUUGUGCAGUUGAUGAAUCGUUUACAAUGGGCACGUGUGAUCCAACUUUCACCGUACCUCCACCAUAUACAACGACAUUAUCUUCUGAAACAGAUAUCAUUUCAUAUUAUUCUACAACUGAUAGUUCAGGGUUCGAAGUUACAGCAACUACUACAAUUUUAGUGACUCAAAGCUCUACUUCAAGCUCUAUUCCAAGUUCAAGUUCAACCAAUCUUGAAAUAUCUUCAAGUACAAGAAUUCCUGAAUUAUCUUCGAGUACAAACACAGAAGAAACUACAGUGAACACAGAAAGUAGUAGUAAAUGUGUCGUUAUGAAAACUGAGACCGGUUAUGGGCAGACAAUUAAUGCAACGAAAUACAUUUAUACAACAAUAGCCUCGAUUGACGCUCCAGUGACACUCUCCUCAUUUGUUACAACAUACUACGAAACAAAAUCAGCGUCCGCAUAA